CAAAAGCUGACUGUCACCACAACUGUCAAAGUUGUCAACGAAUUGGUGUGGUGAUUUUUCGUUCACGCAUUUGUUGAUAUUUCUCUUGAAGAAUAAACCUAUAAAAAUGAGUUCUGGAUUUAUAUCAGAAACUGAAAUUCUAGAAGCCAGACGCCGGCGUCAAGAAGAAUGGGAGAAAGUGAGGACUGACGACCAACCAAAAGAGGCCCCAGAAGAGCAAUAUGAUACCAGGCCUCUAUUCCAGCGCCUGGAGGAGCAGAGGCUCAAAAAGGAAGCCGAGUAUGAGGAGACUCACAAAUUGAAGAACAUGAUCAGAGGGCUGGACGAUGAUGAGGUUGGAUUCCUGGACCUGGUGGAGCAGAGCAAGGCUAAGGCGGCGCAGCAGAUAUCCCUGGAGGAGCAGAAGGAAAUGCAGGAGUUCAGGGAGCGGGUAUCCACACUGGCAGAGAGUGAGGAACUGACGCGUUUGCGCGCGCAACUGGCGCCCGCGCGGUCCACGCCAGCGCCCGCGCCGCAGGCACAGAAGAACAAACUGCUUGGAGUGAUUGUGCGAAAGAGGAAAGCAAGUGAGAUGGAGGAUGAGAAACAAGAGAAAGGUGCUCCCCCAACUAAAACUAACGGAAUAACCAACAGCAGUGAGUCCAAAGAGAACGGAUCCGAAGCCCCCGCGGUGGGAGGCACGCUGCGCUGUAUCGGUGUCUUACCUGGACUGGGGCACUACGACACAGAUUCCACUAGCGACACCGACGAGUCCAGCGAUGAGUCCAUUUGCAACGACAAGUCCUGCAAACGCGAUCUCCUGGGCAGACGGCCGGAGCCGGCCGAGUCUGAGUCUCGAAGCCACGCCAAGAGUUAAACUGGACCAGGUUAUGUUUAGGUAAUAGAUUAUUUCUCUGUUAGUAGACUUUAGCAAUCUUGCAAAAUAAGGCCGAUUCAUUCACUACAGAAUACGUGUGCUUUAUAAGUUUUUUUGUGAAUUGUCUAUGACAUUCAUAAACGAAGUUAGUAUAUACUUACGACUUGUCUAUGCCUCUCCAUGGUAUUCUUAAACUUGUCUUUGUCAUUUGAAAGAAGUUUUGAAGACACGUGACUGGCGAAAUCGUGGUUCCCAAAACUCAAGUCAUUGCCAUUAAAAAAGUAAAGGUACAAUUAGUGUUGGAAGUUAGUGUUGUCCUUAUUUACAUAAUUGCUAAAGUAUAUUUGUGGGAUUAUGCAUUGGGAUUAAUGAGUAUCUAUAAAGAAGACCUUAGCAAAUAAGUUCCUUGUUCAUUAAAUUCAGCGAUUGGGUACUAAGCCCCAAACUUCGCAGAAAAUCUAUCGUGAAGUUAUGGCGAUCAUAAAUCUUGAUUUUCAGAAUUCGUCUCUUAAUAGGGCUUAAUAUUUUGAGACAAUGUUGAUAUAAAUCUUUCUUGUGAUAACAAAAAUUAUAGUAAGUUAAUUUGUGUGCCCCAUUUGGGAAUCAAACCCAGGAGCGAAUGGAGGGAUAAGUUUUAAAUGAUGCUAUGCAUCUAAAACGAAACAUUUCUGUUGAAUCAGAAACAAUUUAUUUAAGGUUUUUAUAUAUUUUCGCAAGAACUUGCUAUGUCUCCAAUAGCCAUACUAUACACGUAAAUUAUUAA